UCACCGUUGAUCGUGGACAGUAAAAACAGAGACAGGAUCGCGGGAGGAGACUUGUGUCUUACUUUCACAGUUCUGUUGAGAUGGACGUUGGUGUGUCCAGGUCCCACGUGUUUCUCAACCCCAGCCCCAGAACCUUCUUUUCCCAGUGGAGCCUCCCGCUGGCUGCGAGCCACGUCAUGGACGCCCUCAAGGACGGCCAGUGCAGCUCGCUGAGCUCUGCUAAGAUGGCCGCCCUGGCCGCGGGACUCUCUCUCGGAGCCACGGUGGGUUACAUCGUCUACCGCCACCUGAGCAGCGGCAGCAACAACAGCAAUAAAGCAGCAGACACCGAAGUAUCAAAGAUGACGCUUCCCGUGGACGUUUACAGGAACAUGUCCAGGUACCAGGCCACGUUUCUGGAAAUGGUGAGCCAGAAGUCUGGAGCUAACGUCCAGGUUCUGUCAGACUCUGGCGCCGUGUGUUUCGUGCUGCAGGGCUCUAAGGAUCAGAUCCUGCGGGCCCGUUGUGUCCUGGAGAGCCUAGUCACGGACUGUGAACCCGUCACUGAGACUCUGGAGGUUCCUCAGACAGCCUUUGGACGCAUCAUAGGCCGAGGUGGAGAGAGUCUGAAGCUGAUCACCAGAACCACCGGUGCCAAAGUGGUCUGUCCCAAAGAGAGGUCACACGGUCCGUGGGCAAAGGGCAACAUCACAAUCUCGGGGACCAAACAGGAAGUGAAACAGGCAAAAGAGCUGAUUCUGGAGAAGGUCCAGGAGGAUGUGACGGUGAGAGCCAAGAUCUCGCAGUCGUCUGCCCUGCGUCAGAAACGAGGUCACACGGUGGUUCAUCAGAGGUCGGAUGUCACGGAGACGGAAUCACCGGUGGGUCUAAACAACAACGGUCCACACCCACAGAAAAACGGGUUCAUUCACCAACCAGAACCUCAGAGUGACAACAAGAUGGAGGAGCUACAACUCAGCAACAAGGACCUCAACCAUGAGGACGAGGAGGAGCAGGAGAGUUUCUCCACUGACUCCCCCUCUGAAAUCUCAAAGUUUGAAAUUCCGAGCCCGGACCUGAGCUUCCAGCCUGACGAGCAUCUAGAGGUCUACGUGUCCGCGUCAGAAAACCCGAACCACUUCUGGAUACAGAUCCUGGGUGUCCGCUCGCUCCAGCUAGACAAACUGAAUGAGGAGAUGAACCGUUUGUACAUGAUUGGAAACCCCACAGAGCAGAGAGUGGAGACCCUUGUUGUCGGAGACAUUGUGGCCGCUCCAUACCGCGAUCAUGGCUUAUGGAACAGGGCCAGGGUGCUGGGAGUCCUCGGUUCCGGACUCGUGGACCUUUAUUAUGUCGACUUUGGGGACAACGGAGAGCUGCCCAGAGACAACCUCCGUCGGCUGAGGAGCGAUUUCCUCAGUUUGCCUUUCCAAGCUAUUGAGUGCAGCUUAGCAGGAGUGAGACCACAAGGAGAGGAGUGGACUGAAGCAUCCAUGGAUGACUUUGAACAGAUCACUCACUGUGCCGCGUGGAAACCCCUGCAGGCCAAACUCUGCAGCUACUCUCACUCCGAGAUGUCGUCCUGGCCCAAUGUCAAACUCUAUGUCACCACCGAGGGCAAGACCAUAGACGUUGGCGAGGAGCUCAUCAGGCGGGGUCAUGCUGUCGGCGUCCAGGAAGUGGUGAAUGGAACGAUGGAGGGUGAAAAUCUGGGCUCUCUGCAGAGGAUGCUGGACGACGUUAUAGGAGCCUCAUCAGAGCUGAGUCUGUCCUGUAUCAGCCUCUCAGAAGUCGCUUCAAUCUCAGGAAGCAAUGAUGAUGUCAUUGGGGAGGAGCUGCUCUGAGACCAAAGACACACCCACAAAAACAAGCUCUGACCAUCCAUUCCUCAGCAGUUGUAAAGAGAAGGCGGGGGAUUCUUUGUCCUCCUCCUCCUCCUUCCUCUUUUGACGCCUUACCUCCUCCAGCCACGUUCACGUUACCACGGUUACGUCGUUACAUGAUCCAUUUCUUAAGUUUUGUGCUUUUGUGCUGUUUGUUUUUAAGAUUCUGCUUAAAAGUCCCAUGACUGUAUUUUUAUGUUCGUAUGAAGACGGGGAACAGAAGCAGAAUAAUAUCAGUAUUAUGACACUGUGAUGCGAGUCAGUGACAGCAGUUGGCAACAGUGACUCAUUGUUUUUGUUUGUUUUCACUUGUAUGCACAUAUUUAAUGACUGAAUGUGGCCCUCGUCCCUGUGCACAAUAUGAAAAUGUGGCAUCUACUGUAUCAUUCGCUAAGGACAAAUGACAUGAUAUAUAUAUAUAUUAUAAAGGAUUUAUUUUACGUCAACAAAA